AUGACAGGUUUUCUAUACCGAUGGCAUUCUUUACAUGAUCCUUCAAAAUGGCUUUUACCAACAAUGUAUGAUAAGGAUGAUAAUAAAGAUCUUGUAUUAAAACGACAACAAAUUGAUGAAAAAUAUUGUGGUGGACCUUGUCGUUUUAUAUUACCACUUUUUAUUAUGGAACAAGAAUCAAAAGCUCAAAUGCAUUUUCGACAAUUAGCAUUCAUGUCAGGAUUGGUGAAUCGUACCGUAGUUUUACCUAACGUUGGAGGUAGUCGAUUAGGUGCUUGUUUAGAAAAUGAUUUUGAAUUUUAUUAUUCUCGAUCAUGGGCUAUCAAUAAUCAAGAACAUUUUCAACAUAUCACUAUGUCUGAUUUUAAACAAUGGCUUUUGGAACGACAUGCCAUCGAUCGUCCUGCUACUUCUCAAUCUAUGCAUAUCCAUGUCAACUUACGUGGUCACGCCGUUGAACCUGAAAAUUGCUUUGCUUCUCAACAAUUACUCAACAUGAACGGUUUACCAGAACGACGACUUUAUUUGAAUGAAACUGCUAAUCCUCUUAGACGACUUUAUUAUGAAGAUGCUGUCAAAGACUUUUUCUUGGGAAUUUAUCGUGAUUCUGAUACUGGGGAAAGUGUUCAAGAUGAAAUCACUGAUAAAAUUGAAGUACUUGGGGUUUAUUAUGAUCGAAGAUUUCCUUUUAUCCACAACCCAGCAGCAGAAACACCAAUACCCUAUAGUGAACAAGUCAUAUCGGAAGCAGACAAGAUUGCUAAUACCUUAUCACCUUAUUGGGCUGUCCAUUGGCGUACAGAAAGAGUAGAACCAGCAUCCAAUCUAGUGGAAUGUGCUCAUACUUUGGUCGAUUAUUUCAACACCCGUGCACCACUUAUGUCAUCUCUCAAUAAUAGCUCAGCAGAAUCAACAACGGAUAAUCAACAACCCACUUUAUUCCUAUUGACGGAUUAUCCACAUGUAUUUGACGAACAAGAUGUAGAUGAUGCGAUUGCCAACAAUGGAACGAAUCCCAAGAUGCGACCAGCUUCAGCAUCCUUUUCACCACAUAGUCUUACCAUUCAUCAUCAUCUUGCUAUGCAAUAUGUUUAUCAACAUCUACAAGUACAUGUCACUCAUUUGGAUGAACAAAAUGGAUCAUCAUCAUCAUCAUCACCUGCAAAUUGGACUGUGUUACCUAUUGGAUAUGAUAUUGCUCGACAGGAUCCAGGUUGGUUGGGGAUUUUGGAUAAAUUAUUAGCAAUGCGGGCCGAUGGUUUCUUAGCUGGUGCUCCAGGGGUUUGUGGACGGAAAAGCAGCUUUACCAAUCAAAUUAUGAAUGAACGUCUGGACCAUCCUCGUACCAAUGUCAUUGAUUAUUUUGAUUUACCGAAUUCCUCUCAGCAACAACAAUAA